UAAUGUUUCCUUGCAGUUGUCACGCCUUCAUCCCUCCUACCUCCCCUUCUCAGACUUUCAGACAGUUUGGGACAGUCCUGCAUAGCUUGCUCAACUCUGCUCCUGCCUUCCUUUGCCCAAAUCUGACUUUCCCUCCUUUUUUUGUCUUUUGGCGUGUUGUUUCCAGUAAUAUGGGCCAUCCCACAAUUGGUUGAACCUCUCAUUUGGCCAUUAUUUUUUAAUUGCUUGGAUUUCUUUAUCAUUUCUGGUCCUUUCCGUUUUCCUCAGUGGAUGUUUUGUAGCAGUUCUUUCUUGCUCUUAGCUCUUUUCUCUCUCCCCUGACAUCUUCCGUUCCUCAUACGAUGGCCCAUCCUCUGGCCACGGAGCUGGUAAAAGGACGGCUGGGAGUUAAGAGUGCCCUCAAUGGGAGCGCAGACUUUGACAGACUGAGUUAUGUGGGGGAACAGCCUUCUCCACCUCCCCUUCAGAAUUACCUGUGGCUAACUAUCCUGACCUGCUUUUGCCCAGCAUACCCUGUCAACAUUGUAGCCCUAGUCUUCUCAAUACUGUCCAGGAAGAGUUAUGAGCUGGGGGACUAUGAUGGCUCACAGCGGCUGGGUCGGAAAGCACUGCAUGUGGCCAUGGCCUCCAUCCUCAUUGGCCUCGUGAUCAUUGGCAUAUUGGUCAUCGUUCACAUCACCACAGUAAUGAAGCAUCCCCUCCCAUGAGCAGAACUGGAGAAAGUCUGGAGAAAGUAAAAUCAAGGAAAUAUCAUGAUCAGUGACAUGGCCUGUGGACACCUUCCUGAAUGGACAAUGAAGAGGUUUCUGGGGCUCCAGACUUGGCAAUAGUUCUCCCUGAAGAAAGGGACAUCACCUCUCCCACCUCUGUCAUGUGGCACACCCCUCCAUACCAACGGCUCCAUGUGAAACACUGGCCUUUGGUUCCUAUGAUGCCUACAACACAAACCUCACACAUCACCAUGCUCACAAGUACCUGCCAUAACUCCCUCCAAAGAGGCUUCUGUCCUCACUGUGUGGGCUGGGGGGGAGGGGGGGGGGGAUGCCGCCACUUCUGAUGUCUGUUAUGUCAACCAUGUAGCCUAUCAGCCGAGUGUUUGCUGCCAUAGAGGUCUUCUGGCUUUCUGCUUAACGUCUGUCAAAUAUGUAGGAAGGACCGCGUUCUUUUUAAAACAAGGACACGGAAUGGCAACACAACAAAGAUUUGUUUUUAAAUGAUUAAAACUGGUUUAUGUUUGCUUAUGGGCACAGCCACGGGGAAGUGUUUGCAAUUUAGUCGUGGACUGCUGUGGUUGAACGCAGAGGGCUUUCUCUGUUCCCACUCCCAUUAACCACGGCUCUCCACCAGUCCACUUACACCUAGCUGCAAUCUGCCGAGUCGGAGGGAUCCUGUAGUCUGAUAUGUAACAGUAUCACCCAUCGCUGGCUAAAUAUAGGGACAGAUUGCCCAGUGUGCUGGUGUUGGGCUGUAUGACACACUAGCCUGCUGUUCUGCUCAGUGCAGGUCACAUGGCAACAAGAGCUGACUCAGUUACUGCCUGUUAAGAAACCAGAACAUCAUCUGUGGGAACAUUUGUCACUUACACCAGUGCAGAAAAAACAUAACAAACGGAAAUAAAAAGAAUUCAAAUUCUGUUAAAAAAGUAUUUUAUUCCACUUGUAAUAAUAUGAUUUCCCCAAGGAUAGUUUUCCAAAUCAUUUCUAUUCAAUUUAACAAUAAUAAUAAAACAAUUGCAUUAACACUACACUUAAAAAAUUUAUCUCAGAAAGUUCAAGGAAUAAAAGUGUGGCCCUCCAUGGCUUCUUGUUUUCCUGCUGUGUAGAAAUAAGUCAACAAUAUAAUAGCCUCCAAGCUCAUCACUAAGCUGAGGGCCCUGGAGCUAAAUACCUCCCUCCACAGAUGGAUUCUGAACUUCCUUACCAGCCGCUCACAGGUGGUGUGGGUAGGCAACAACCCAGGCCACCGGGCUCCACACAGGGACUUCUCAGGGAUGCGUGUUUGUCUCCUCCUGUACAGUGCAACCACAUUUGACACCAACACCAUAAUCAAGUUUGCUGACGACAGCAGUAAAGCCUGUUCACUGUGGGACCUGUCAAAUUGGAGUCGGGACAACAACCUCUCCUUUGACGUCAGAAAAACCAAGGCGCGGACGGUGGUUUACAGAAAAAGGGGAGGUGUUACAAUGCCCCCAUCCACACUGACAAGGCUGAACUGGACAGGGUCGAAGAUUUCAAUAUUCUUGGUGUUCAUAUUGGCAAAUAAAAUGUAAAUGAUUCAGUGGCACACGAACACACACACACACACACACUACCUCUCUCUCUAGAUAACACAAACAUGCACAUACCAAUGACACAAACACAUAAAUACACACACACACUUCCCAUACACAGCUACUAUCCAGUGCUACAUGUAUAUAAACGUGAAGGAGCCUAACUUCUACACUGGAAUUACCUGCUAAUAAACAAGUUAUUAAUUAUUCCUUUGAGAAAAACACUGUGUAAAUCAUUAACAAUAUCUUUACGUGUUUGAGAAAACAGCAUACACUUGGUUUUAGCUGUAUUCAGAACAAGCACGGUUAGCUCAACAAAUACUAUCCGGAAAGCAAUAAAGUUUGACUGAAGCUCCAAAAAAACCCUGCAUUUUGUUUAAAGUAUAAUUAAGCAAUAAGGCAUGACAGAAUGUGGUAUAAGGCCAAUGUACCAUGGCUAAGAGCUGUGCCGGUUUCCAAAGCAAUA